AUGCUCAGCCCACCGCGCCUCUCAAACGCACAAGGAGAUUUUAUGAGCGAGUCAUCCGCCUCGAUUGGCGAGGCUGACGAGGAGUCCGGCUCGAAAGGCUUCGGCUGGGUCAAGAUCGUGCUGAUCCUGGCCGCCGUCGUCGGUCUGGUGUUGCUCGGCCGCCAAGCCGGAGGCUAUGUCAGCGACUUCGCCCAGUGGGUCGAGGGGCUCGGCGUCUGGGGCCCGAUCGUCUUUAUCUUGGGCUACGCGGUGGCCACGGUCGCCUUCCUGCCGGGUUCGAUCUUGACCCUGGCCGCUGGCGCCAUCUUCGGCCUUUGGAAAGGGGUCGGUUUCGUCUUCGUCGGCUCCAGCCUGGGUGCUGCCCUGGCCUUCCUGGUAUCUCGCUAUCUGGCCCGCGGCGCGAUCGAGAGCAAGCUCGAGGGCAACAAGAAGUUUGCCGCCAUCGAUAAAGCGGUGGGCGCCCAAGGCCGCAAGAUCGUCUUCCUGCUACGGCUGUCGCCAAUCUUUCCCUUCAACCUGCUGAACUACGGCCUGGGCCUGACCAAGGUGCGCUUCGUCGACUACCUGAUCGCCUCGGCGGCGGGAGAUCUGGCAGCGCUGGCCGCUGGCGGUGCCGAGUCCGAGAAGGGCCCGGAGCAGUGGGUCUUCCUCGGUAUCGGCCUGUUGGCCACCAUCGUCGUCACCACCGUGGUGACCAGAACCGCCUCGAAGGCGCUAAAGGAGGCCACCGAUGGCUGA